AUGAUGGACGACGAGGGAAAAUUCGUGAUUCCUGGGGAGGUGAUCUACGACGCAGAGGAAAAGAAAACCUACGUGCCCGGCAAAGGAUGCUAUCAGAUGCAAGGACUUGUUCGUGCCUCGACCAUCGGCUAUGUACACAUUCAUCCACAUAAACAGGGAGAGAAGACGAUACACUAUGUAGAUGUUCAAAUCGGGGAGAAAGUGGUCGACACAGUAAUGCCCGAAGAAGGAACCAUCGUCACGGCAAUUGUAAAAGAUGUUGGGCAACAAUGGGCCGGCUGCCAUCUACUUUCGAUCGAGGACCGCAAAAUUUCCAAAGACUUCGACUACAUUCUACCGAAAAAGAACAUGCGAAGCUCGUUGUUCUUAAGUGAUAUUGAAAUUCUCGAUUGUGUGCAACCCUGUGACAUCAUUCUGGCCCGAAUCGUCGACUAUUCUUUCCAAAAACGAGCGUAUGUUCUGUCGAUAGCCGAAGACGAAUUAGGAGUGGUUUAUGCAAAAGGACGCAAAUCUCGACUUCGCCCAUUGGACUUCGAAACAGUAAUUGAUGAUCUCACUGGAAUAAAAGAAAAACGGAAAAUUGCAAAAGUUCCUAUGCACUUGAACGACGAGCUUUUCGCGAAAUUAAUACAACCAGGAGAAUCGACGGCG